UGAAAUUCAAACACAGAAUCUUUUGUCACUCAGCUGAACUCACAUCUCCUGCCAACAUGUCCUACAGCUGCUGCUCUGGAAACUUCUCCUCCCGUUCCUUUGGGGGAUACCUGCACUACCCCAGCUCCUCGUGUGGCUCAUCCCACCCCAGCAACCUGGUCUACCGCACUGACGUCUGCUCUCCUAGCACCUGCCAGGUGGGAUCCUCCCUCUACAAUGGCUCUCAGGAGACCUGCUGUGAACCUGCUAGCUUCCAGACAUCGUGUGUGGCGUCCAGCCCCUGCCAGACAUCCUGCUACCGCCCGAGCACCUCCAGGCUCUGCAGUCCCUGGUGGACUACUUAUUCUGGGUCUGUUGGCCUUGGGUCCAGAAGCUGCUACUCACUGGGCUAUGGAUCCCAGGGUUUCAGACCCCUGGGUUUUAGAGUCUAUGGCUUCCCUUCUCUGAGCUAUGGAUCCAGUGUCUAUCACCCAAUGUAUUUUCCUUCCAGGAAUUUCUGCUCAUCUUCUUACUGGCCACGCUGUAGAUCUGGCUUCUACCAGUUAGUGUGUUGAAGAGCAAAAUCCAUUUGAGAAAUACAGGUUCUGUCCUGAGAUUAUCUAUUAUCUUAAUUUCCUACAUCAAAAAUUAUCUAAUAAUUCCUGAUCACCAGCAACUUUACCUCAUCAACCCUGAAACCUUGAUUGAUAGAAGAACUCUGUCAAACUGCAAGAUUAAUAAUAAUUAAAUGGUAUUGUUGAUAGAAUUUAUGAUUUCACAUUUUUCCCAAAUAUAGACGGAAAGUCAAACGAUUUUAUUUUAAUAAAAUCUUUACACUGCCAUCCAAA